GGCCUCACAGUACAAGUUCUGCCGUGAUGUGAUGUCAUUCUCCACUCCAGUCACUGGGCCCUGUGCUGGCUGUACCUCUGUGGCUUCAGCUGCUGAGCCCAGUCUUCACCAUGAAACUGCCCAAGGAGGCCAGGAACUGUGUGUUCUAUGCACAGCACCCAGAGAAGAGGGAAGAAAUGCCCUCACGGCAGGAAGUAAAGCAGACCCCUGUCGUCAUGGCCACAAUCAAAGGUCCAGGGCCUGCCAAGUACCUCCGGCCAUCCUGUACUGGCUACAUAGACCACGACCCCUCUAUGUUUCAAGAGCCGGCUUACAGCCUGCACGCACGGCACACCGAGAAACGGAUCAUAGAUACGUACAGUCCCGGACCUUGCUAUAUCUUGGAUCCCAAAGUAACUCGUUUUGGAAUGUCUACCUGCCCCCAGGUCCCCAUGGAGGAGCACAUCUCCAACAUUCGGAUAAGCGCCACCCCAGACCCCUGCCACUACAAAGCUGAGAAGAUUAACCCCCCUGGGGAACGUACAGCUCCCCAGUACACGUUUGGCUACCGGUGUCCAUACAGAGUGAUGGAUCCCAACCCGGCCCCCAACCGGUACCAGCUGCCACUCUCACUGGGGCCCAACAUCCCAGUCUUGCGAGCUGCCCCCUGCUCUAGCCUGGCUUCCUCGAACAAGAAUUGGUUCUACAAAGAGAAUAUAGCAGGAGGUCCUGGACCUGCUAUGCGUGCCCGACCUGAGCCAUCCGUCUACCAGAACCGCAGCCCUGUGUUCAGCAUGGCCAAGCGCAUUGCCUAUCCGCUGGACCACACACUUCGUCCUGGCCCUGGCUCCCACAACGUCCAGCUGGUCACUAUGCACAAGCCCCGCAUACCUGCCUUCACCAUGGGCACCAAACACUCGCCUCACCUGUGCCCACUAAUUGUGGACAUUCUUGACUGAGGCCACUGCUGGUACAUGCCCCUCCUUCCUCACAGAUGCUAUUUUUUUCUGUGUGACAUUGAGCAACCUGAUCAAGGAUUCCUGUAGCAGAGCUAGUGCCUGCUGAGUGACCAACACAAGAAGCAUUAGAUAAAUAUUUUUGUUUAUUCA